UUUUUAUCGAAAAUAUAGCAAAAUGGGUCUCUAUUUAUGGAGCUCAUUAAAAUAGAGCUAUUGGUAUUUUUUUUUAUUUUUUUUCACUUUGUAUUUUCUAAAAUAAAAUCGUUGCAAAUUUUAUAACAAUUACUAUAUUUUAAAAUCCAGUCAAAAUGUGACACUUGGCACUCUCAUCCUACAAUCUUAUUCAUCAUUUCACUCACCCCAUGCAUUUUUUUUCUCCCAAUCACUCUCACUCACCUCACAAUCUUUUUUUCAAUUGUGAUUAAGAAUACUUUUUUCAUGAUCAUCAACUUGAUCUUUAUUCUCAAUCAUGAAUAAGGAUGCUCUUAACUCCAUUUUUUUGUGUCUUUUGACAGUGUUUGCCAAAAUAUGGGUAAUAGACGAAGGAAUGGGCGAAAGAAAGUAACCCAGGUGAUAGUUUGCUGUAUAUGUGGGGAUAGAGGCUUCCUGAAUGCUCUGAUUGACUGCUCACAGUGUUCCAGUAUGGCUGCACAUCAGUACUGCUUGGGUAUACCACCAGGAAGCAUCAUUGCACAUACUAAAACGUGGUCCUGCGAUUACUGUUUUGCACCGACGGAAUCUAAAUCAUGUAAAACUCAGAUAAUUGUGGUUAAGGAUGAGCCACAACCACUUCAAACUUUACCACCAAUUUCGUAUGACAGAAGUUCAGAACAAACAAAACCAGGUAAUGAACCUGAUAAUGCUGAAAGAACCUAGAAAACCUCGUUCACUUCAAUGGUUGGUAAGACAACAUUUACUUAUCCAUUAGAAUACCAAGAGGGUAUUAGUGAAACCGCGUUUGUGGUGAGUCCAUUGGGUGAAGUCAUCAUUUGCAAAGGGAUGAAUUUCUGCGGUACUUCACCUUCACAUAGCUUGGAAACCUCCUUACUCAACUUCACAAAUGAGGAAACUGCACAUGGAUGCAGCAUUGAGGAAACCGUAGAGCUUGAUGAUGAAGCUAGUGUUGGGAAUGAUGACGAAAUUGAUGACUUUUAUAUUACUAUACAGGAAAUGUUGAUCUUGCCAAAAGUGGAGAGUACACUAAAAUUCAUUCUGUUGAUAUUACCAAAACUGAAGAUAUGGUUCGAGUGGUAGAUGAAGCAUCAUCGGAAGUCUUUGGUAGGUGGAAAAAAUUGGCGGUGUUUUUUUAUCUAAAUUUUUAUUCAUAAACUUCUUAGAUAAUGUUUCUGAUUCCUUAGUUCUAAAUCAAGAAGUUCCUAAGGAACACCAGCUUGAUGCCACAGAAGAAUCAGAAGAACCUAGUUGCUCUUCCACUGUCAUGUCUAUGCAACAAAAGGUAGACAUCCGGAGUACUAGAUACGGAAGUGGUCUAAGAAAAUGUGAUCAUCCUAGUGAAGUGACAAUUGCAUCCUCUGCUGUCAAUAUGGAGGGUCAAUAUCAUGAAUGUAGUUCAAAAGAGGUACUACCAAUCAAACCUGCUAAUACCUUCCAUUGAUCUGCUGUAAAAGAAGAAGAGGCGGCAGGAGUGGAAGAAUCUGCCACGGCCGAAGGAACAGCAGAGGCAGCAGCCACGUUGGCGCGGGCAGGACCACCCCGGCCACGACCACUACGGCCUCCACGAGAGGCAGCAGCCCUUUGCUGUAAUCUUUCUUCAUACCAAGAAGGAUAUCCAUGCAGUUCAAAACAUUGAGCAAGUUCAUGACCGGUUUUGUGACAGUGAGUACAAGAAAGGUGAGACUUGUCGGGGCGGUCAGGACGCCCACGGCCACGUCCAGCAGGAGCUUGCAAGGCAAAACCCACGGCAGGUGGGGUAGGAGCAACAUAAGAUGUGGUUGCGAGACGAACACGUUCGUCUUGAAUCACUAAUUGAAAAGCUCGGUCGAGAGAGGGAAGA